GGAUGUGCUUGAACUUCCUCUGAAGACACUGAUCUUCCGUGUCAACUGCGGGAACUUCUGAGAUCUAAGAAAAGACUGUAAGAAUGCUUUUUUCACUGGCUCUACUUCUCAGCUUCCAGGCAGUUCUGCAAAUUAAGCCAACUAAAGCCAAGCAUUCCUGUACAAUAGCAUCUAAAGACAGUGUAGCUGACUGUAAAGGUUUACGGCUAGAUAAUGUGCCUAUAACACUGCCUGACUCACUGGAAGAGCUUGACUUGUCUUUCAAUACCAUACAGGUCAUCCGCAAAGAAGAUUUUUCCAAACUUAGUCAUCUGCGAGUCCUCAAGAUUAAUUUCAACAACAUCUCUCUGAUUAUGGAUGAUGCCUUUCAGGGAAACCCUCUGCUGGAGGAGCUAAGCUUAUUUAAUAACUCUAUGAGAGAAAUUCCCUUUAAAGCUCUUGAGUUGCUCACAAAUUUGAAGAUUUUAGAAAUGUCCAAUAACUUGUACACACAAGCAUCUCUGGGUGUUGCUUUUUUGAAUUUCACCCAGUUAAAAGUGCUGUCCAUUGGUGGAUCUCUGGUCAGUAGAUUAGGAAGCCGAGAUAUUUUCGCGCUGGAAAAUAUCUCAUUGGACAAAUUUGCUAUUAAAACUGGUACUGGUUUUAAAAGUUAUGAACCUGGGUAUUUCAGCAACCUUAACACAAAGAACUUGUGGCUCGAUAUAGCUAUCGACAAAAACCCAGAUGUGCUUCCAAAGAUAUUGAAAGAUAUAGCAAACAAGACUUUUGAUGUGCUACGUUUUCGAAACCUUUUUGAAUUUCAGUACUAUACUGAUAAACAGGAUAUUUUUUAUGGCCUGCAGUAUGUAAAGACUCAACGCCUAACAUUCUAUCGAGGUAAAUUCAAUGAGGAAGUUAUGAGAAUGGCUCUGGUAAAUAUGCAAAUCAGUCCAAUCAAAGCCCUGGAACUGCUGCUCAUCGAUUUUGCUCGUUCACAGAAUAAAACGCAGGGAUCCAGUGUGACAAACUUGACCUUGGAACAGCUGGUUCUCUCGGACAUCAGUAAUCCAGAUAUAAUGCGCUUCGACUGGAGCUUUACCUGGCUUAAUCAUGUACGCCAAUUCAUUGUAUGGAAUGUAAACUUCAACAGUGUGCCGUGCGACUCGUGGCCGGAGAUGAAAAAUAUUGAGCUUCUGGACAUCUCUAACAACCAGCUGAGAGACAGUUAUCUUUAUAACCCACUAUGCGACACUAAAAACACUUUGCACAAGCUCAAAACUUUUAACGUCAGCCGUAAUCAACUUACCAGCCUAAGUGACUUGGCAUCUCUGACAGAGGACUUUGUCAAGCUGACAACAAUUGACAUAAGCCACAACCAGCUGCAAUAUAUGGGGAACCGUAUCUGUUAUUGGAGACAGACCAUUACCAAAGUAAUCGCUCAUCAUAAUAGUCUGACAAGCGACUGUUUUAAGUGCCUCCCCACUUCUGCGAUCUUCCUCGAUCUUUCAUACAGCAGUCUAGACCAGCUGGACAUGGGCUAUUUCAAUAAGGCAUCCAACCUAACAGAGCUUCUUCUCAGCGGCAACAAGAUCAAGUUCAUCCCAUCCGGCUGGAGGAAUCCAUAUUUGAGGACACUCGCUUUAGAUGGAAACUCAUUUGGACUUGUUAGCAUGACGUCUUUUAAGGACAUGCCUAGUCUACGUGUCCUGACUGCAGGCAACAACCCUUACCACUGUAUCUGUGAUCUCUACACCUUCAUACAGGAAACCACAAGCAAGGGGAAGGUGACCAUCACAGACUGGCCGGAUAACUACAAGUGUUACCACCCCGAGCGUCUUCUCAACACAAGGGUAUCCCAAUACUUCCCUGGUCAUUUAACCUGUAAUAUUACACUCGUUAUUAUCAUCUCCGUGUCAACAACGGCAGUUGUUGUCCUAGCUAUCAUGCUUCUGUGCUACAUUUCCAAUGGUCCAUGGUACAUUAAAGCCACAUACCAGAUCAUCAGAGCCAAGUACAGGGCCCAUAAAGAAGGUUCGGGUCAGACUGUGGACUACACUUUUCAUGCUUUCAUUUCUUACAGCCACUCGGACGCAGAGUGGGUCCGAGACCAGCUGCUCCCUUGUCUAGAGAAUGCUAAGCCUCCUUACCGCCUCUGCAUCCAUGAAAGAGACUUCAUUCCAGGGAAGUGGAUCAUUGACAACAUCAUCGAGAACAUUGAAAGUAGUCGCAAGGUAAUCUUCGUGUUAUCGCGGAGCUUUGUGAACAGCGUGUGGUGCAACUACGAGCUCUACUUCGCCCAACAACGGGCCAUUGGAAAGACGUUCAGUGAUGUGAUCCUGAUCGUGAAGGAGCCCAUUGAUCCCACUUCUCUUCCCAGUAAAUUCUGCAAGCUCAAAAAGAUGCUCAGUACCAAAACCUACCUGGAGUGGCCCCAGCAACCCACAGAACAGAGCUUUUUCUGGGUCCAGCUGAGGACUGUUUUGGGGAAACCAAACGUAAUAAGACGGCGCACAACCAGUCAGCAUAGCCGUCUGUCUUCAGUGAGGUCUGUUUCUCUGAUAGAGAUGCAGCAGAACCAGAAUUCUGCAGAUAAGAAUGGCACACAUGAAGAUGGCCACCAGGCCAGCGAUCAGCCCUUUAAUAGAUGUCAACAAACUUUGAGAGAACUUGCUAACAACAACAUGGUUUCGAAACUGGAAACUGCAAUGGAGGGCCUCAUUAAAGUCUUCCACACAUACUCUUCCAAAGAAGGAGACAAGUACAAGCUAAGCAAAGCCGAGCUCAAGAGCUUGCUUCAUGGAGAACUCGGUGACUUUUUAGCAGCGAGUAAAGACCCCAUGGUUGUGGAGAAGAUCAUGUCUGAUUUGGAUGAGAACCGAGAUGGAGAAGUGGACUUUCAGGAGUUUGUUGUGCUGGUGGCUGCUCUCACAGUGGCAUGUAAUGAAUUCUUUGUAGAGAGCAUGAAGAAUUAAAUGUUCUUCUAUGUCUCCCUUCAGCUGCAUUUUGUAUGUUUCAUUUAUCAAAAAAAUAAAUAUUGGUGACAUGCAGA